GUCUCAAACUUUCCGCGCCAACGUAUACAUGCGCGCACGCAACCAAAAGUGCGAAUAUUCCGAAAAUACGAUCUUUUUUGAAUGAAAAAAUGUGAUUCGAAGUUUGAAUUCAUUUUGCUAUCAUAAUUCGGUGAUGGUGAUAAUGUAUUUAAAAAAGAAUUAGUGCUGUGUUUUUUUUUUUUGUUUUGUGAUAUAUUGGAUUUUGUAUAGUUCAACAUGAAUAUUGUAUUUUAUAUUCUUUGUGCUGUAUUCGUCGUGUACAGGGCAACAGAUGCAUUUGAAACAAAAUUCAACCUACUUCAACCACCAGCCGACAAAGCGGACCUCGUAGGAGAAUCUUACAAUGGCGACACAUAUUCCACUAGAUUUGUCACGAAAACUGGCGUGGAAGUCAAAGACACAGACACAGGCCUCCUUGGCACAAAACUAGCUCCACCAUUCAUAGUCACAGCAAUCUUCAAAAUGUUCCACGGAAAAUCAUCAUGUCUUUUUUCUAUUAAUCAGAAUAAUAGCAUAGUCCUAAACUUGUGCCUUCGACCGGCAGACAAAAGUGUCUCUAGACUGAGUUUAACUUCAGAUUUAUUCACGCCGAAGGAUUCCGUGUAUUUCCUAUUCAAUGACAAUUUUGUAGAUAAAUGGAUCAAAAUUGUCGUGUACGUGAAAGAUAAUUCAGCACUGCUGUUAGUGAAUUGUAGUCAACAACCAGAAAAGUUUGGGCUGGUUAGAAAUAGUGAACACAAUGAAUUUCUUCUGGACAAUAUAAAUAUAAAAUUGGCUUACCCGGCGGAGAGUCGGAAUCAAUUUAAGGGCCUCAUAGAAGAGAUAAGUUUGUAUACAGACGUUAACGAUGAUUCUUUAAAAAACGUUUGCUAUAAGAUAACGUCUGACAUUGAUUCACUAGGAGAGUCAGAACCGCCGACUACGACACCUCCUGAUAUACCAGACAUAUUUCCUGAAAAAGGAGAUAAGGGCGAAGUGGGGCAAAAAGGAGCAGUAGGACAAAAGGGUGAAGUAGGUCAAAAAGGGGAAUUAGGCCAGAAGGGUGAAGUGGGACCAAAAGGCGAGGUUGGGCAAAAAGGGGAAGUCGGUCAAAAAGGUGAAAUGGGACAGAAAGGAGAGGUGGGGCAAAAAGGAGAGGUGGGACAAAAAGGUAUAGACGGUGAAAAGGGAAUAGAAGGCUUGAGUGGCAAAGAUGGGUUGCGUGGAGACAUGGGUGAGGAUGGAAUACAGGGACUAAAAGGAGCUAAAGGUGACAAAGGCGAAAUUGGACCUAAAGGCGAUAUUGGACCGCAAGGACUACGUGGUUUGGAAGGCGCGUUUGGAUUAAAAGGAGACAAAGGCGUAUGCCAAUGUUCUGAAGAAGUUGUAUCAACUCUGCUUCUUAAAAUGCCUGAAAUGAAAGGCCCCGUUGGUGAAAGAGGCCCACCAGGUUACGAUGGCAGAGCUGGCCCACCAGGUGAAACUGGUAAAAUGGGACCUGAAGGCAAAAGGGGCCCUGAGGGUCUAAAAGGCGAUAGAGGAGAGAGAGGUGAUGACGGACUACCAGGAAGCGAUGGAGCCGUUGGGCAAAAAGGAGAACCAGGAAAAGAAGGCAUGAAAGGAGCUCCGGGUGAAAGGGGACCAAAAGGAGAGAGAGGACCACCGGGUGAAAUUCGUAUGGAAACAGAAGAUGAGAUAAAAUCAAGAACCGUCAUAAUACCUGGAGAAAGGGGUGAGGUCGGGCCCGUUGGACCACCUGGUAUUAUAGGGCCAAAAGGUGAUCGGGGGGAGGUUGGACCUAAAGGAGAAGUAGGAGAGAGAGGACCAAAAGGUGAUGAGGGACACAGAGGAAUUCAGGGUCCUCGAGGUGAAAAAGGUGAUAUUGGUGAAGCAGGUAUAGAUGGAUUGCCAGGCAAAUCUGGACAACAUGGCCGACCAGGAAGGGAUGGAGAAAAGGGCGAAAGAGGAGAUAAAGGCGCGCCUGGUCUAGCCGGCCUACCAGCUUCGCUAACUGAACUCCUAGAUGCCAAGAACGCCGCCGUAGCUGAAAAACUAAGAGGCGACAAAGGAGACAGAGGUGAAAGAGGUGACAAGGGUGAAAAGGGGAAUAAAGGAGAUAUAGGUUUACAAGGACCAACAGGAAAAGACGGCAGAGAUGGUCCACCAGGGAUAAAAGGGGAAGUUGGCCCUGAAGGAAAGACUGGACGUAAAGGAGACAGGGGUGAACCCGGCCCAGCUGGUCAAGUGCCUGAAUCACAAAUAGCAUUAUUGAAGGGUGCAAAAGGUGAUAGAGGUCAUCCAGGAUUAAGGGGUGCACAUGGACCGACAGGAAAGAAAGGACAACUGGGUGCGAGGGGCCCAACAGGACCUAGAGGACCAAAAGGAGAUCGCGGCCCAGCAGGCCCAGUGGGACCUAUGGGACCAUCGGGAUAUAAUGGCACAAUCGGUGAAAAGGGCGAAAAAGGAGAGAGCGCUCCGAAAAUUGAUUUGUAUAAGUUAAAAGGUGACAAAGGAGAUAGAGGUCUUCCAGGAGAUCCUGGGAAGCAAGGACCAAUAGGGCCUCAAGGGCCACCAGGAACGUGUACAGAAGCUUCGACCCAUGCUUCGAUAAUGGGACCCCCUGGCCCACCCGGGCCUCCGGGACCACCUGGUUUAUCUUUUCGUGGACCUAAAGGCGAACCUGGUGUUUCAUUUAUAAAUCCAGUUCCAGCUGAUCCGGGAGAUGACGACCACGGUUUUCCAGCCCAAACUGUUAUCUACAGAACGAGACGAGCUUUGAUCAAGAGAACAGAAGAAACUUCAGUGGGUACGCUAGCAUACGUUUUACAGGAAGAAUUGUUAUUGCUCAGGGUGGAAAAUGGAUGGAAACAUAUUAUGAUGUCAUCAUUCAUGGACACGAGUUUACCAACAGUGAACUUACAAUUGGACUCACCCACCACUACGUACUUGCCGCCUCUCUCUUCGGCUGGUACACACGUAUCACCUUCAUCGUACCCUACUACCACAUACAAACCAUUGCCAUCACCAACCGCCCCGUACAGACUACCUCCAGAAAGUAAAAUUCAUAAGCCACCUCGAAAGAAGCAUGUUAAAAAGUUUAUCCGACUGGCGGCACUAAAUGAGCCUUAUUCAGGAAAGAUAUCCUACAAUAAACGUAAUAACAAGAAAGAAGGGCGGGAAGCUGCCGACCAGCUUUGUUAUGAACAAGGAAUCUUAUUCAGUCAUAAUGCAACCUUCAGAGCAUUCUUGGCUUCAAGUGACCAAAACCUCAAAAGCUUAGUUAGCAAAGCGGAUUGGAAAGUGCCAGUGGUUAACCUGAACGAAUACCUGCUGUUUAAAUCUUGGGAGAGUAUUUUCGACGGUAGUGGAGCAGAAUUCGAUAAUCUAUCAGCAAUAUACAGCUUCAAUUGGAAGAGUGUUUUAAUAGAUUCUAAUUGGCCAAAUAAAACGGUUUGGCAUGGCAGCGUGAACAAUGGUCAGGGUUCAGCGAACCUGACCAGAAAUUGUAACAACUUUCACAGCGGGUCCAAAUAUUACUACGGACACGCAUCACAUCUAAGCAAUAGUAAAAUACUUAACCAAGAAGUAUAUCCCUGUGAUAGUAAAUUUAUAGUACUUUGUAUAGAAGUAGAAGCGUAUAGAGGUAUAUCAACAGGCACUCGACGAAGACGGAGGCUACGUCACCGACGCCGGCGGCAUAGUUUAUUUAAUUGACAAAAUUAGGAAGGCCUUUUAAUUUUAAGUAAGAAAACAAUAAUUCUUGUUUGAUCACUUCGAUUGGGUUGCAAAAUUAAUAUCACCUUAUUUAUCUUGUAGUUAAAAUAUUAGACCACCAAUUACUUACAAAAAGUAUUGUUUAAAAAAUAAUACUCAAUUAAAAUAAGAUUUAAAAUUCUUCUCUGUAAUGUAUUUUCACCGAUUUGUAAAUAGUAGAUUUAGGUAGCACAUCUUAUUUCGAGAGCAUUUUGAACAAAAUUAAGCAUUUAAUUUCAUGAUUUUGUAAGAAAACUUAGUAUAUAAGGAGCGAGUAUUCUUAUAAUAAGAAUGUAAUUCUAAUUGAUUUCUCAAUUGGUCGUAGUUGCUAGACUCAUUGAAAUUUCACAGAGAUGGGACUAAACAUGAUUCACCUAUAUCCAGAGGUAAGAUAAGCGAUUGUUUAAGUCUCAUGAAAGAAAUAAAGUGCUAUUCAUAGUCACCAAAAAUGUAUCUAUUAUUUCCCACAAAAUUAAUAAUUAGACUAAUCUAAUUUAGGCUUAGUAAUUUGCCAAAAAUAUUUUGGAUCAAAUGAAAAAGAAAUACGUAAAAUUUUAGACUUUCGAUAAAAUAAGCAAUUACUUUUCCAAUUUUAGUCAUUAUUAUUUAUGUUUAAUUUUAUUCUGUGCCAUAAUAAUGUCGUCGUUAUACAAGAAAAUAAUUAACAAAAAUAAAACUGUUAAAAUUUUAAUUA